AUCCAUCAUGGGACACACAUACAUGUACUAAAGAAAUGAGGAGAAUGACCUCACAUUCGUUCAAUUACGCUCUAAAAAAAAUAAUAAAAAUAAAACCACCCCAAUGUAUCCUAGACGUCCAAGGCUGUGGAAGUGUCUACUGCUCCGAGGACAUUGCCGAGGACGAGGUCUUUCUCUCGGUCCCAUCCUCACCUCUCGUGCUCACGGAGGCCAUCGCCCGUGACAGCCUGCCUCCCUCGGCCCAUGCACUCGACGGCCGCACAGUCUUCAUCCUCUUCUUGAUCCAGCAGUCGCUCCUCAAAGAGAAAUCGUUCUAUCAUCCGUACCUGGAUAUGAUUCCGGAACGCAUCUAUACGGCCCUGGAUUUUGAUGAGCGCGACAUGGAGCAAUUGAGGGGAACGAAUGCAUUCCUGGUGGUUCAGGAGCGAAAGUCGGACUUGAGACAGAAGUAUGAGAAGACUAUGGGGAUUGUUGGAGAGGACUUGAGGAAGGAACAGGGAUACACGUGGGAGAGGUUCUUGUGGGCAGAGACCGUGCUCUCGUCGAGGGCUUUCCCGGCAACCUUGUUUGGAGGCGGAGCUGAAGGCGAGAUUGUGUUGAUUCCACUUGGAGACAUGUUGAACCACAAAGGCCGACAAAAGCUGACGUGGAUGAAGACGCCCCAAGGAUUGGAAAUGUCUGGCAGUGCCGUCAGUAAAGGAAACCAAGUCUUUAACAACUAUGGUCCCAAGUCCAAUGAAGAAUGUAGGCAUAUCUCUUGUUCGAUGCCCUGAUACUGCACAUUCAUACUGUUCUGUUCUACAUGACAUGUAUAUUUUCGACCGCAACAAGAGACAAUGAACGAAAAUCUUCAGGAUGGACUGGACAUAAACUCGACGCUUUUUUUUUUCUUUUUCUUGUGUGAAAAAAAGUCUUGAAUGGAGCACUGCGCAUUCUUGCAGGAGGCAGCACGCGCGCUCUUAAUGCUUUCUGAUAUCUCGUAGGAAAAACAACAACAACAACAACAUUUGUUCACUCUUUUACGAAUAUGAU